CCCCCCCAAUUCUGUCGUAGGGAAUUAUUCUCGUCUACGACAUCACGGAUGAGAAAUCCUUCGAGAACAUUCAAAAUUGGAUGAAGAGCAUCAAAGAGAAUGCCUCAGCCGGCGUGGAGCGCCUCCUGCUAGGGAACAAGUGUGAUAUGGAGAUGAAGCGCAAAGUCUCCCGGGACCAAGCCGAGAAGCUGUGCAGGGAACACGGGAUCAAGUUCUUUGAGACCAGCGCCAAGUCCAGCUUGAACGUGGAGGAGGCGUUCAAUACUUUGGCUCGCGACAUUCUUCUCAAAUCGGUCAAGAAAUCGGCUCAGCUCCCCAAGAGGCCUCCGGAACUGAAAGCCACACCCAAAACCAGCUCCAAGUGCUCCUUGCUGUAACCGCCAGCCAGCCCGUUCGGAAACAUCCCUAUCCCGGGCCCCGUUUGGCUUGGGUGGGGCUGUUUCUCCCCUCUGCCACCCCGAGACUCCCAGUCGUUUCGGGCUGGAUCCUGGAAGGACUUGGACACCAUUUCCCUGACUUCUUCAUCAUCGUCGUGGUUUUCCAUUUGGGGACUCUGCCUUUUAAUCUGUGCAGGAUAAAUAAUAACAGAUAAUCCGAGUUGGAAGGGACCUUAUAGGUCAUCUAGUCCAACCCCCCGCCCAAGCGGGAGACCCUACACCAGGAAGAGGGAAGGAGAGUUUGGGGAGGGAGGGAGGGAGGGAGUCCCAGAGCUGAAGAGGGAGAGGUUGAAAAAUUGGGGAGGGGGUAUUAAUAACGGGGGGUGUCGGCUUCCCCUCCCCAAAUCCCUGCAUUCGCCAGACAUUUCGGCCAGCCGAUGUUUGUCAAAGUUUGCAACUUUAAAAUAGGCGAACUUCCAACUCCCAGCCUUGCUAGCUGGGGAAUUCUGGGAAUUGGAAGCCCACCCAUCUUGAAAGUUGUUAAAAUAGAAUAAAAAAUACCAAGCCCUGUAGCUCCGCGGUGCCUUUAAAUAGACAUAGGAAAGAAUCAGAUUGGGAAUCUCACAGCGGGAGGAGAAAAAUCUUU